AUGGCUGAUGCGCUUAGAGGAUAUUGGCAGCAAAUUGUUGCCACAAAGCGAUUGUAUCUCAACCCGCACGAGCACUUCGGUCGUGCCAACAUCUGCCGCGCCGCACUAGCUAGCUAUGUAGGAAUCUAUUUUCUUUUCAAGUGGAAUCAAAAGAGAAAGGCUAACAACUUACGCGCCCUGCAAGAUGCCGAGCGUAGAAACAUUUUGAAUGAUGCACUAGCUCGUGCAUCGUAGUAGACAGUCAUGCAGAUAUAGGGAAGAUGUCAGUUUUAGACGCGAUGCCUGAAAUAAAUCUUGUACAAGUAUAUUUUAUGGACAUUGAAGGUUACCUUCUUUGUAAGUUGUUGUUGCAACUGUGGCUGAUUUCAUGGAUGUAAGAUA